AUGAACAAAAUGAAAAGUGAUGAGAAAAGGAACACACACGAUACAAACCUUAAGAAUAAAAGUAGCGGUAAACAAGCCCUCGCAAGUGUGGAAAAAAAGAAAAAUGCAAACAAUGAUCAUAGUAAUAUAGAUGACUCAAAGAAUAACGGCAAGCAAAAGUUGGAAGGCAACUCUGAGAGUGACAUGAAAAAAAAAAACGAAAAGAACGUGGAAAAAGGGGGUCACAAGAAUAGCGAAAAAAAUGUAGAAAAAGGUGGGCAAGUAAAAAACAAAAGUCCUUCAUCCUCGAAUAGUAGAAGCAAACUGGAUAACGCCAGGACGAUUGAAAAAAAAGAAAGCAUCAAAGGUUUCUCAAAUGAUUCGUUAAAGGUGAAAAGUUCGAAUUCACGAGAAAGCAUAAAAUCUUUUAAAUCUAAUAAAAAUGAAAAGGGACGAGAUGAAGGAGGAACAGAAGGAGAGUAUAAAAAGGAGAAAAUCCUCACCAACGGUGACAAAAAAAAGAAAGAUCAUUCAACUGAUAAACAUGUUGUAAAAGUAAGUAAUAAAUUAAUUUCAAAGAAUAGUAAUUCAAAAAGUGCGAGCAAUAGUGACACUGUUACCACGCAAAACAGCAACGGAUCAAGUAAAGGCAGUGAUGAAAAGGUCAAAAAAAACCUUUUUGCAUCCAGCUCAAAGGAAAAAAUGAAAAAUAUCACAUCUUUCACUAACCACAGUAAUAAUAGCAACAAUAGAAACACUACUAACGCUACUAACAGUAGGAACACUAGCAACACCAGCAACAUUAGCAAUAAUCGCAACAAUAGCAACAGUAGCAGUAAUCAGAAUAGUAGCAGUAAAGGGGGGUCGAUCAAGGGAGAAUCUAAGAAUGACGUGUCUAAGAGUGGCUCUUCCAAAAGUGGAUCAUCAAAGAAUGAUGCAUCUAAGAGUAUUCCAUCGAAAAGUGCUUUUUCCAAAAAUGGAUCAUCGAAGAAUGAUACAUCUAAGAACGCUUCAUCAAAAAUUGACGCACAAAGAAGCGACUCUUUGAAAUGUGAUUCAUCAAAAAAUGAGGUACCACCACCAAUAAAUAAAUCAUCAAAAAGUUGUUUAUCGAGAAAUGAUUCCAUAAAAAGUAGCUCAUCGAAGAAUCUGACAUCUAAAAAUGAUUCACUUAAAAGUAACUCAACAAAAAAUCUCUCAAAAUCCAGUAGCCACGAAACGAUAAAUAAUGAAAACCAUAAAAAAGUAAAAAAAAGUGAAACAUCAUCGAACAACAAUAAAGUAGUAAGAAAAAGUAGCGAAACUGCAAAGGAAAUAGUAAGUAAUAACAGAUCUAAUUCAAAAGAAGGGAAUUCUAAGACAAGUAAAAGUAGCAAAGAUGUAAAGAAAAACAUAAAAACAGAAAAAGAGAAAAACGGAAAAAGUGUAAGCGAAAGCGAUGAUAAUUUGAAUGUACAUGAAAGUUCUAAAAAGAAGAAAAGUAACGCAAGUAGUAGAGAAAGUGAAACAAUGAAGAAUAAGAACUCUAAGAGUAGUAAAUCAUUUGUAGUAACAGAUUCAAAUAGGAAAAAAGAUCUUACAAAGAAGGGAUCAUCAGGACAGCAGAAAAAUAAUAAGAAGAGUAACUCAGUUAAGGAUCUCCGGACACACACUAAAUCUAGUAAGAGUAAAACUAGUAUGAAGGAGAAAAAGAAAAGCGCUAAAUAUAAGGAGGAGGAAGAAGAAGAGGAAGAAGAAGAGGAAGAAGAAGAAGAAGAAGAAGAAGAAGAAGAGGAAGAAGAAGAGGAAGAAGAAGAAGAAGAAGAUAUAGAAGAAGAGGAGGAAGAAGAUGUAGAAGUAGAGGCAGAUGAAAAAGAAGGAGAAGAAGAGGAAGAAGCAGAAGAAACAGAAGAAGAAGAAGAAGAAGAAGAAGAAGAAGAAGAUGACGAUGAUGACGACGAUGAAUAUCAUGAAGGGAAGAAAAGACGAUUAAGCACAUCAUCAUCGAAACAAACAAUGAAAAAGAAAAUAAAUGCAACGAAGACUAAAAAGAAGAAGAAGAGGAGCUCAUUUAGUCUGAAAAAGAAGAAGAAAAAAUAUUUGAAAGUAAAUGAACAAGAAAGUAGUAAAAGCAAAGUGGUUAAAAAGGAAGAAGUAAAAAAAGAAGAAAAAAAAAAAAAGAAAUCAAAAAAGAGUGUAAAAAAUGAAAAUGUAUCAUUGAAGGAUGUAGAAGAGGAAGAAAAUUCCUAUUUUGAUGAUAAUGAAUAUUCUGAGAAUGCAAGAAAAAUUGCCUUAGAAGAAAGAGAAAGAAAAAGGCAAUUAAAAGAAAAUUAUAUUAAACAGAUGAAGUUACCUACAUAUGCAGAUGAUGAAUCUAUACUUUUUAUUAAUAAUCCUAAUUAUGUUAUGGUGUUACUGUUCUUAACAGUUUAUAAAGAUGUGUUGAAAAUGAGUUGGAAUUUCAAAGACAUUGAUGAAAUGUUUCAAAAUAAAGAGACUACCGAAUUUGGAAGAAAUUUUAUUUUAAAGUUAUUUUUUUUUUUAGGUAGAUAUUUUAACUCGAAAUCAAUAUUUAUGUACAAGUACAUAUCUAGAAUAUUUGAAGAUAAGCAAUCUUCCUUAAUGAGGGUUGUGAAUUUUAAUGAACUUUUUCCUGUGAUAGAAGGGAGAAAAGAGAAAAAAAACAAAUCAGGAAGUGGUGGAUUUUUAGGUGGCUCAAGUGGAGUAAAUUCCAAGAAAAAAAAGGACAAAAAGAAGAAGAAGGCAAAGGCUGUAAUUGCCAAAGCGGAGGAAUUGUUUGAUGCUGAGACUAUUGAACAUGCGUAUGUAAAUGAGUUUGAUGGGGAGGAGAAGGACGAGAAUGAUGAGAAUGAUGAGAUUGAUGAUAAUGACGAGAAUGACGAGAAUGGCGAGAAUGACGAGAAUGGCGAGAAUGACGAGAAUGGCGAGAAUGACGAGAACGAUGAUCAUGACGAUGGAGAAGAACGGACCGAAGAUGAGAAUAGGGUUGGAAGAGUGGAUAGAGAAAACAAAAAAAUAAAUAAAACAAGGCCAAGUGAUGCAAAUGAGAAAUCUAUGAACCAAUACAAAGAUGAACAAUCAGCAGUUCUUGCAAGUGAGGAUGAAGAAGAUGAAGAAGAGGAAGAAGAAGAAGAAGAAGAAGAUGAAGAAAGAAAAUCAGAUAAAAAUAAUUUAUCAGAUGAACUAAAUGAAAAAAGAAGAGAUAUCUAUGCUUCAAACUUUAGCAAUAAAACAGAGAAUGAUCCUUUUGAAAAGGAAUUAGGGGAUGAUAAGUUAAAGGGUGCAACGAAGAACAUAGGAAAUUUUGACAUAGGAGAUGAGGAAGAAGAUAAUGUAGAAAACGACGCAUCUGAAAUGACGAAAGGUGUUGACAGUAUGAAAAUGGUUAAUUCUAAUGGCACAGCAUCUCUUGAGGAGAUGAUUAAGGGAGACAAUAAUAACCCGUGUGGAGAAGAUGAAAAGUAUAAAGAAGCUUCAAAUGAGAAAUAUGGUUACAGGGAUAGUUUGAACAGUGUAAGGAGUGAGAUUAAGAAAAAUGAUGUGAAUGGUGUGAAUUGCGAAAAUGAAGAGAAUGUCGAGAAUGGAGAGAAUGCAAAUAAGGACGGAUUGAGCAAGAAAUUAUUUUUUGAAUGGGAUGAUCUGAAUGUUACAUCCAAAUUGAGAAUAAUCAGGAUGUUGUUAAAUUUGGUUUUAUGCGAAAGUAACAAUUUAAAAAAAAUGUUAAUAGCGGAAAAAAUUGAUUACAAUAAUGGAUAUUUAGGAAAAAUAAACAAUGACAAGUAUUGGUUCAUAUUAAAUGACACAGUUAACAUUGAAUUUAAGUUAUAUAUUGAAAAGGAAGAGAAAGGAAUUUUUGAAUUUUUAUGCGAUGAUGAUGAUGUUUUGUAUAAUAUUGGCUAUAAUCUGUUAAAGGAUAGUGAAACCAAGAUAAUGGGACAGACUAUUAUUGACAGGUAUAAUAAAAUUUGUAGGGAGAGAAGAAAUAGAAGUAGGAUUUUGAAACAACAAAAGAAGCUUAGCACAGAUUUUAAUAUGAACAAUGAUCUUUUAUUAACCUCAAAAAAGAGACAACAUAAACAAGUAGAAUAUUUCAAUUUCGAUAAUGACAAAAUGAGAAAGAAGAAAAAUGAAAACGGGGCCUAUAAUAGUAGUGGUAUGCAUAAUAAUAGUGGUAGUUAUAAUUCAUAUACUUCAAAUACUAAUAAUCCAUAUUCUGUGCAAAAAAAUAAUUAUCAAAAGAAUGAUAGAUCCUUUAGAUUAGCAGCGAGAAAUGCUCAGAAAGGGGACAGUUUAGUAGCAGAUUUUGAUGCAUCAGAAAAUCAGGAUUUUUUUAACAAUGGAAACCCGAUGGCUGGAUUGGAAGGGAUAAUAAACAAAGGAGUAGGAGGGGUAAUAAUUGGAAAUGGAGCUGAUGGUGUGACAGGCGUUGGAGAAGCAGCUAUAGCUGGAGUGGCCGGAGUAGCUGGAGAAGGAGGUGUUGUCUUGAGUAGUCUCAAUAGUGUUAAUAGUAACAUAGGAUCGGGAACUAUAUUUUCCACAUCUGGUACUACUGCAGGUAUGAAUAAUCCAGGAGCAAUCCCCAUUAUGGGUGAAAACAACGUUGUGGUUAAAGUGCCUCAGAAGAGAGGACGAAAGAAAAAAUCUGAAAAGAAAAAAAGAGGACGAAAAAAGAAAAUUUUGCCAGAAGCUGAAAUGGGAUUAGCAGCAGGUGGGUUAGGCACAGAUCCUAAUAACCCUCUUGGUAUUAUGAGUUCGAAAGAGACAAAGAAAAGUUUGUCAAGCACUCCUAGGGUAAGGAAAACUCCAUAUACAAAGAGGAAUAUUAAACCAACUGUUUCAAUUAAGUAUGGAACUAGAAGUCAUUCUAUAAGUAAAAAUGAAAGCGAUCCUAUACAAUUCAACGAUUUUAGCUUAACUCAUAGUUUAAACAAUGAACAUUUUUAUAAAAAUGAAAAUAUGAUGGAUUCAAAAUUUUUUAAUCCAAAUAUAAGUAAUCCAUAUAAUAUGCAGAACAAUCUUUUGAAUAUGAGAGGAAAUAAAUUGGCUGGCACUCCUGGGAGUUACAAUUUUCCCUAUAUGUAUAACCCCCAAUUAUACAAUCAAUAUUAUAUGUACAAUGGGAAUAUGUACAUGUUGAACAAUAAUCCAGGUGGAAAUCAUCUCUUCAGUCAGAAGAGUGCUCCACCACCACUCGGUGCAGGUAGCAAUAUACCAAUUGGAGGUAGCAAUGUACCAAUUGGAGGUAGCAAUAUUCCAAGUGAAGGGAGCAAUGUAGCUCGAUCUGGGACUAGCAUGAAUUCUUUGGGAAGUUUUAAUAGUGCUAUAGGAAGUAUUGGAAAUGGCCAAGGUGGUAAUAAUAGUAGUAGCACCGAUAAUGGAAAGGAUAUUAAGAAUGAAUGCACCUUCAUGACUAAGAGAAGUACGCUAAAAGGGACAACAACAACAACAAGCAGUUUGAAUAGCAUGAAUGGUACUGGAACGAAAGGUGCAAUGAGUAGUAACGACCCAGAUAAUCAAAUGUAUAAUGAAAUGAAUGGUGCCGAGAGGGAUGUGGCUGUCGCUAUGAAUGGCCCCAUGAGCAGCCCUCUAAAAGGAUCUUCAAGCAAUCCCUUAAGCAAUCCCAUAAACAAUCACUUAAACAUGAUAAAUUCAGUGAAUGCUAUGGAAGGUGGGGGAGGAGGAGGGAUUAAUAAUAGCAUGAAGUACAUGGAUCCUAUGGUAAACAAUAAUAACCAUUUGAAUAAGUACAAUCCAUAUAUUAUGAACAGAAAUGCAAUGAAUAACAUUGCAUCGAAUCCUAUGUAUAAUAAUAUGUAUAAUUUGAAAUUUCCAUACCUGAAUAAUGACAUGAUGAAUUAUAAUUACAAUUUGAAUAAUUUCCAGAAUAUGAAUUUUGAGAAAAUGAAUAAAAGUGGAAUGUAUAAGAGAUAUCCCAACUUUAUGGGAUCCUCAUUUCCCAUUCCUUAUGGGAAUAUGAAUAGCAAUCCAUAUGCAAAUUUAAAUACGUACAAUUUAAAUUAUCAGAGGAAUGACCAAUUUGGUCUUAUCCCAUUACCUGGAGGAUCAGGUCAAAGUGGUGGAGCAGGAGGAGUAGGAAAUUUUAAGAACAAGAUCACAAGACCACUUCCCAGUGAUAAUGGAACAUUGACGGAGACGUUGAAUGAUUCAAUCCCCAUUCCCCUUAUGGGAAACGAAAACAAUCAUAUGGUUGAUGUAAAGGGUAAAAGUAGUGAUCAUAGUUGA